GGGGGGGAGAGAGAGUCUACAGAGAGAACAGCCGCAGCUCGGCUCGGACUUCACAGAGAGAGAGAGAGAGAGAGUGUCCACAGAGAGAGCAGCCGCAGCCGCAGCUCGGCUCGGAAGAGAGAUGAAAGGUAAUUUGCGAAAUUGGUGCCCUGCUAACCCAGUGGGACUUUUAGACUACAUGCGACCAGCUGGUAGCAGAUGAAGGGGGAGGAGCAGUUCUGGAAAUAAGAAAUCCAGUCUUUGUUUGUUCCAUCCAGUCCAAUCCAGGUAAGAUCUCUUCCCAGCUUUGGAAGUCACUGAUUGCUUGUUGGCCUUUUCCUGGUCCGUUGCAAAUGAUUUAUGCAGAGAAAGAGGGUGCUUUGAAGCUUGUCGUGCUGAUGUUGGUUCCCAGUAAAGCUCCCGUCUUACUAGAUUUGAGUUCAUGAAUCUCCCCUUUGGGUGUCUCUCCAUAAGAAGUUGAAGUAGAUGGAGAGAAAUGCAGGUAAAGGGCCAAUAGAUCCAACGCGGAACUUUGAACAAGUCCGUUACAGUAAUUUGGAGGCCAGAAAUGAGGGGCUGGGCUCUGCCAAUCAAAGCUUUUUCAUAGAUCAAUCUAGUAACAUCAACACCAAUGUGAGGCCCCCGGACUAUAACAUGUCUGUUGGAGCUAGACCUGUUCUGAAUUAUUCCAUUCAGACUGGUGAGGAGUUUGCUCUUGAAUUCAUGCGAGAAAGGGUGAACCCUCGACAGCAACCUGUUCCAACAGUUUACGGGGAUCCUAGUAACAUGACGGGAUACAUGGAUCUAAAGGCCAUCCUGGGUAUUUCCCAUGCAGGUUCUGAAGGUGGAUCAGAUAUCUCUGUGGUAAACUCGGUAGAAAAGGGUUCCAUUUCUGAUUAUGAAAGGAAGGGUUCUUCUGUCCAAGAAGACAAAAGCUACCGUGAUUCAACGCAGUCAAUGCCAAGAGCUGCCUCGAGAAAUAAUGGUAAUGGUAGCAGUAGAGUCCUUGACAGCGCUCCAUCUGGAGCAUAUGAUAGUCGUUCAAGAAUCAAGUUCCUCUGCAGCUUUGGUGGCAAAAUUCUGCCUCGCCCGAGUGAUGGAAAGCUUAGGUAUGUUGGAGGUGAGACGCGUAUUAUCCGGAUAAGCAGGGAUAUUUCCUGGCGGGAGCUCAUGCAGAAGACCGUGGCAAUUUUUAAUGAAGCUCAAACAAUUAAGUAUCAGCUUCCAGGCGAGGAUCUCGAUGCAUUGGUCUCUGUAUCCUGUGAUGAGGAUCUCCAGAACAUGAUGGAGGAGUGUAAUGUGUUGGAAGAUGGAGGGUCGCAGAAGCCUCGGAUGUUCCUUUUCUCUAGCAGUGAUUUAGAGGAUGCCCAGGUUGGUGUUGGGAGCACUGAGGGGGAUUCUGAGAUGCAAUAUGUGGUGGCUGUGAAUGGAAUGGAUAUAGGCUCAAGAAGGAAUUCAAUUGCUUCUAGGACUAACUUGGAUGAGUUGGCCAAUCUGAAUGCCGAUAGAGAUGCGAAUCAGAUACGAGGAGAAUUUGUUGGAAGUAUACCUUCAUCUACGAUUCAAUCUUCCCAACCUCUGUCCUCAAGUUCUGCAGGUUUUUCUCAAGGAUCUAAUUUACAAUCUUUCCAGAGAGAGAAUGUGAACCUCGGGGCCGGAGGGCUCCAACACCAUCCUCUGUCUGCGCCUCAACUUCGGGAGAGCUUCUCGCAAGUGGAAGGAAAGAGAACUGCUUCCUCAUCUGAGUCUUUGCCACAUGGUCCAGGAUCACGCUCUUCUAAUUAUGUUGCAAAUGGAGAAAAUCUCAUUCAAGUGCCUCUUCAUGGACUUCCAGUUUCAUGGGUUGGUGUGGGUGAAGAACAUCAUCAGCUAAUUGGGCAGCAGAUGCAGGAUAAGGUGUCUGCAGGGGAAGGGAGACUUAAAAAGGAUAGCUCAGCAAAAAAGUUAACUGAAGCUGAUAAAGUUCAAUCACAAGAGAAAGAAAUGUUGUUUGAUGAUGCAAAAAUGAAGAGGGAGGGCUCGCGCCAAAAGAUAAAUGAGACUUCACAUGAAGGCGUUUCUUUGCAUGCAAAUGAUGGAUUGAUUCCAAAAUAUGCGUCUAGAGAAGAAGCAUCUGCUGCUCAACCUACAGCUGAGGUGAAGACCCCUUCAACCACUAAGAUUGUGAAUAAGAACCAGUUGGAACCUGUAAAGCAUUCAAUGGCCCCUGGAGAUGUUAAUCCCAUUUUCACUUCUGAUCCAACGGAUCUCAGCUAUUUAGAGCCAACUGCCAUGCCACAACGGGUCUUCCAUUCCGAACGCAUACCAAGAGAGCAGUUAGAGCAGAAUCGUUUGUCAAAGUCUGAUGAUUCUAUGAAUCCUCAGCUUCUGAUCAGCCAAGUGCUCUCUGAUCAUUCUCAGGUGACUUCAGAUGCUGUUGACAACUUGCAAGAAGGCGUUGUGGCUUCUCAAGCUGAGCAGGCUGGCUCAUAUGGGAAUGCAUCUAUUAUUCAAGACGGCACUAAGCAAUUUCAGAGACACAGAGAUGCUGAAACUAUGAAAAGACUGGAGCCUGAAACUACACAGGCAUCCGGUCUCCAUACAUCAAGUCAAAUGACCACUGGUAAGCUUCAUGAUGAUUCUUUGUUGAGGUCAACUGAAUUCCAGUGGGAAGAGAUUGCCUCUGACAAGAACAAUGGGAACCUUGCCAAGGAUCGUGAGCAGUCACAUGUGCGACCACAGCAACCAGCUCCGGUUGUGUCUCGUGGGGACCCCACAGUCAAUGUUAGCAAUCGGGAGCAAGGGGACAUAUUGAUUGAUAUUAAUGACCGGUUUCCUCGGGAUAUCCUUUCUGAUAUAUUUUCAGUGGCAAGACUUUCUCAGAAUCUGCCUAAUAUUAAUGCCCUGCAUGGUGAUGGAGCUGGGUUGAGUUUAAAUAUGGAGAAUCAUGAACCGAAACAUUGGUCUUACUUCCGGAAUCUGGCUCAAAAUGAGUUUGUCCGUAGAGAUGUUUCUCUCAUGGACCAGGAUCACUUGGGCUUCUCAUCCCCACUCACUCAUGUUGAAGAAAGGGCUCCUGUCGAUUACAGCUACCCGCCUCUGAAGGCUGAUCUUAGCCAUGUGGACUCCCGCUAUGUUGAAGAUAUUCAGCAAGUGUCCACUGUUAUCACAGGUCCCAGCACCAGGACUAUGCAGACAGACUAUAGUGCUUCUCAGCUCAAGGGAACUGAAAGCGUUUUGGAUGUGAUGAACCCAAGAACACCAGAAUCAGAGUAUGAGGAUGGGAAGUCUGAGAUUCAGAAUAAUGGGGUUCCUCUAGUUGAUCUUUCUCAGGCUGAUAUUGAUAUCAGUACCCUGCAGAUUAUCAAGAAUGAAGAUCUUGAAGAGUUGAAGGAGCUUGGUUCCGGCACAUUUGGAACUGUUUAUCAUGGAAAAUGGAGGGGAACUGAUGUUGCAAUCAAACGCAUUAAAAAAAGUUGUUUCACAGGUCGUUCAUCGGAGCAAGAAAGAUUGACUGUGGAGUUCUGGCGGGAAGCUGAUAUUCUUUCGAAGCUCCAUCAUCCCAAUGUUGUGGCGUUUUACGGGGUAGUGCAGGAUGGUCCUGGAGGAACACUGGCCACUGUAACUGAGUACAUGGUCAAUGGCUCUCUUAGGCAUGUUUUACUGUGCAAGGACAGGCACCUAGAUCGUCGGAAGCGGCUCAUAAUUGCGAUGGAUGCAGCUUUCGGCAUGGAAUAUUUGCAUUCAAAGAACAUUGUGCAUUUUGAUUUAAAGUGCGACAACUUGCUGGUUAACUUGAAAGAUCCAGCUCGUCCCAUUUGCAAGGUGGGUGACUUUGGCCUGUCAAAGAUUAAAAGGAAUACCUUGGUUACUGGUGGUGUCCGAGGAACCCUUCCAUGGAUGGCACCUGAGCUUCUAAAUGGCAGCAGCAAUAAGGUUUCUGAAAAGGUUGAUGUCUUCUCAUUUGGUAUUGUCCUUUGGGAAAUUCUCACUGGUGAAGAGCCGUAUGCUAACAUGCAUUAUGGAGCAAUCAUAGGGGGCAUUGUGAAUAAUACAUUGAGGCCACCUGUGCCAAACUACUGUGACCCUGAAUGGAGACUGCUCAUGGAACAGUGCUGGGCCCCAGAUCCCAUGGCUCGGCCUUGCUUUACCGAGAUCGCAAGACGCUUGCGUGUUAUGUCAACUGCAGCACAGUCUAAGCCACCCAAGUAAUCAAUCCCCCUAUUCAUCGCACUGUUGUCUUUCUUCAAUUUUUGCGGUUCACUGUACUGCAAGUUGGAGCAGUACGUGCUUGUCGAUAUUAUGUACAAUCAAGAGAGAUUUGUGGGUAUUGUAAUGGGAAGCAGUAGCAUCCCGUGCUUUUUCAUAUUUUAUGAAUUAGUCUAAGGUGUGAAUGUGUCCCAGACCAUGAGACAUUGGUCUCUUUGUACAUCUAUUGAUUGUGUAUUCAUAUGGAUAUGACUAUACAUACGCUCUGUUUAUAAAUCAUAUAUGAUACCCCUUAUUAAUGGAAUAUGAAUGUUUUCCUA